CGGGGGGCGGGACUUCCUGAGGGUGACGCGCCCCGGCUCCUCUACAAAACUCGCCGGAUGCGACGCCGCGAGCGGAACUUUCCAGAAAACUCGGCGAGAAGCGGAGGGUAGCAGCUGCUGCUGCCCGAGCUCCGCGCACAAGAACUCGCGCCCCCUUCCCCCAUCCACUCUUCUUCCACUCCAUCCCCCAACAACCCAACCGGCUUCUGGGCAGUACCCUCUCACCACACCCCGGACAGGCAUUUCGACACCGGGCGUACCACGAGCGUCGCUCCCCGGCUAUAAAAAUGGUGAAGGAAACUACUUAUUAUGAUGUUUUGGGGGUAAAGCCCAAUGCCUCCCAGGAAGAACUAAAAAAGGCAUAUAGAAAACUAGCCUUAAAAUAUCACCCAGAUAAGAAUCCAAAUGAAGGAGAAAAGUUCAAGCAGAUUUCUCAAGCUUAUGAAGUGCUUUCUGAUGCAAAGAAAAGAGAUUUAUAUGACAAAGGUGGAGAACAAGCCAUCAAAGAGGGUGGUUCUGGUGGUGGCUUUGGUUCUCCAAUGGAUAUCUUUGAUAUGUUUUUUGGAGGAGGUGGAAGAAUGCAAAGGGAAAGGAGAGGUAAAAAUGUUGUUCAUCAGUUGUCAGUGACCUUAGAAGAUUUAUAUAAUGGUGCAACGAGAAAACUGGCUUUGCAAAAGAAUGUAAUUUGUGAUAAAUGUGAAGGACGGGGUGGAAAGAAAGGAGCUGUAGAAUGCUGUCCUAAUUGCAGAGGUACUGGAAUGCAAAUAAGAAUUCAUCAGAUAGGACCUGGAAUGGUUCAGCAAAUUCAGUCAGUUUGCAUGGAAUGCCAAGGGCAUGGGGAGCGAAUCAGCCCAAAAGAUAGAUGUAAAAGCUGUAAUGGAAGGAAAAUUGUUCGAGAGAAGAAGAUUCUGGAGGUUCAUAUUGACAAGGGUGAGUAUCUGGAGUGAUUUUUUUUUUUAACC